GUUUAGCAUUUAGUUUCCUGAGAGUGUGCGCAUUGCUGCACAUAUUCGCCCAAUGAAAAUUAUAUUGUUUAUAUCGGUAGUGCUGUUGAUUUGUCUACAAUAUUCCCUAAUUCUCGCCAAUAAGAAAAUGCUGGCGGCAAUUGUGAAGCCUGGCUUAUUCCGGCAUAUAAUGUGCCGCAAUAAUGUGUAUCCACGCAGCAGUGUUCAGCGCUUUCCGGUGCCGGACGCCGUUGUGUUUUGGACAGUUAACUAUGAGGAGUACUGCCCGCCUUGCUACACCGCUGCGCACAUUGGAGGGCAGAGCUGGGCGGAUGCGCCAUUGCCAAACGAACAAACAAGCGAACCGCACUGGAACCACAAUGACGGUCUGGUGAAUCGCGUUUCCUUCCAUGGUGACUAUCAGAUUAAAGAUGGCCUGCCGCAAAAUCCAAUUGGACGCACUGGACUCUGUGGCCGCGGCCUGCUGGGACGCUGGGGUCCCAAUCAUGCGGCGGAUCCAAUAGUCACACGCUGGAAACGGAAUGAAAAUGGUGAAAUUGUGCGCCACAAAGACAGCGGCAAAAACAUUCUUCAGAUGGUGGCCAUACAGCGCUCGGACAACAAGCUGUGGGCAAUUCCUGGCGGCAUGGUUGAUCCCGGCGAGAACGUGAGUGUCACAUUGAAACGUGAAUUUACCGAGGAGGCGCUCAAUUUCGAUGACAAGGGCCACAUGGUGGAGGAGUUUUUCAAGCAGGGCGGCGUACAUGUGUACAGCGGCUACGUGGACGAUUUUCGUAAUACGGACAAUGCCUGGAUGGAGACAACAGCUCUCAACUUCCAUGAUGAGGACGGCACCAAGGUGGGUCAGCUGCAGCUGGAAGCCGGCGAUGACGCCACAAACGUGCGCUGGACCGAUAUCAAUGCGAAUCUCAAAUUGCACGCCAAUCACGCCGAUAUUGUCGGCGAGGUGGUUGCCAAGCGCAAUGCGCAUUGGUAGCAAUAGUUAACAUAACUAAUACCAGGUACUUAUAUAUAUAAUAAUAGAUAUUAAUAAGCUUUUACAACUGAA